CUGUAAGUCUUCCUACUAGAGGUUUUAGCCAGCACAUACCUAGGGUUACCUUCUUUCGAGGACUUCACCUAGCUCUGACAUCUGAGCCGGCUUCCAGCCCAGCUUACCAACGACGCAGAAGCUUCUUGCUAAAUUUAAACGCAUAUAAACGUUUGUCGCAUUGCACUUAUUUUUAGUUGGUAGGGGGCGGCAGCACUUUGCCCUUUGCGCCUCAAGAUGUCCAAAUACGGAGUAUGGAUGCUUGAGAGGUUGAUAAUUAAGUACUGUGAUGUUGGCGGCAGUUCACGGGGCAUGCGGCUGUUCCUAAACGAAGCGCUACCAGCAUUUCAGGAGCAGAACCCGCAACUAGCUGUGGAAGAGGUGGUCAGGCGGUACCGACACCCGAUGCUGGUAGCGCUCUACCGCAACGGCCGCUCCAAGCCCAUCUGCGUGAAGAACCAGGCGCCCAAGGACAUCAUGGAGCACAUCAGCUGGCUGCGCAACUCGCACGGCCGCGGGCAGGAGUACCAGGUGGUGCGCAGCCGCCACCUCACCCGCUCGCCCAGCGUGCAGGGGCAGUGGACGGUGGACACCUUUAAAGCGGAGCUGGAGCAGGAGAACGCGCGGCGGCUGGCGCGUGCGGCGGCGCAGACGCAGUACUGAAGGAGGUUGCAGGAGCGGCAGCAGCAGUGGGCUUGCAUGCGGGCGUGGGUGCUGGCGAUGUGCGUGCAUAGGGGCUGGAUGGGGGUGGGGGGUUGGAAAGGGGCUUGUGUUGUAGGGCUAGGUACGUGCGCUUGUCUGGCUGUGUGCUGGGGCAGCUAGCAAAGGAGUGCUCGUUGCGUGGCUGCUAGUGGUAAUGACACGAUGCCGUGUGAUAAAGUGCGGAGGCGAGCGUUGAGUUGGUGGGUUAGGUUUUAAUAGUUACUAAACGUAUUUGGUGUGCACCUGAGGCAGACCAAGGCUUUAUGCAUAGGAAAAGUGCUUAAAGCGUUCUCCAAAGGAUAGGGGGCUGGCACCUAUACCGGUAAGAGGCUAGGGCUAUUCGUGGUGGAACCUGGUUGCAAUCCUGGUGUAGGCAGCCUUGUAAGCUACAUGCCAUUGUG